CCGCAGUUCCCCUUCCACUGUAAAUGAUGAUCGGGCCAGAUCGGGCCCGCACAUCGGCUCGGGCCUUCUCGGGUGAUAAGUGACAUCCUGACACCCGCAUCUACGUGAAUUACCGCUUGGUUUACAUCCCGAAUUAAAUUAAAUGGGCAUUGAAUUGGGGUAACUGGCCCCAUAAGGCCCUCAAAUACUUCAGACGCCUUUUGUGAAACAAAAUUAAGGGGGGAUUGGAGGAACGAAAGGUGGACUUUAGCUGGAUGACGGGUGGUUUAGAGUGAACGGGGGACUUGUACAGAGGCAACAUUCCAACUGCCUGAAACUUAUAUUUGGAAUGUAAGAUCAAGAUGGUGGUGAUUGUGACGGAAAGACUGAGUUAUGUCAUGUAUCGUCAAUGGUCAUUGUCCUUCCUAAUUUGAUCCAGAUGAAAUAAUGGAAUGGAUAGUCCGUACCCCCUGCUCAUAUCCCCCGAUCGUACGAUCAACCACCAACUCCAGAAGCUCUCUCUGUAUUCGCCCUCAGCCUCCGACUCGAUCGACCUUGGCUACCACACCCUCGACAACAACCCUUGUAGAUCAUCCUCCUCCCCAUCGAUUCCGUCCCCCCGUCCUCACCAGCACAAGCGUUACCCCCUGCCAGUCCUCCAUGCAGGCCUCUGUGAACUGGAGGACAAGCUCCUCCUGAAGAUCUUCCACUGGUUGUCGACGCGAGACAGAUGCACCCUGGCACAGACCUGCAGACGUCUCUGGGAGAUAGCGUGGGAGCCGUCCCUCUGGCGAGAGGUAGAGAUUCGUUGUCCCCAAAAUGUCACAACCGCCCUGAGAACAAUCGCACGACGAGGCUGUCACUCGUCGAUUCGCAGGCUCAUCAUCGAGGGAUCCAUCGGCUUCACAGGCGCCUUCACCUUGCUUCCCUUUUCCAGUCUGACAUUCUUAGCCCUCCGCCACUCGCGGAAGCUCACUGACAUCAACGUCUCUACGAUUCUGGACAACUCCGUUCACCUGAAGGAGCUGGAUCUCACCGGCUGCGGGAGCAUAACACGCGCCUAUUGCCAUGUGGGACCAACGCAACUUCAAUCCCUAGACCUCAGUGACUGCCACAGCGUCGACGACUCGGGUCUCGUGAUGACCCUGUCGCAGAUGCCCCACCUGGGACUGCUCUACCUGAGGCGGUGUAUCAGGAUCACAGACGCCAGUCUUGUGUCCGUUGCCUCGUACUGCACCAAUCUCCGACAACUGUCUGUCUCCGAUUGCUGCAGAGUCACUGACUUCGGGGUGCGCGAGUUGGCUGCUAGGCUGGGACCCUCCUUGAGGUACUUCUCCGUGGGAAAGUGCGAUAGAGUCUCGGAUGCCGGGCUUCUGGUGGUGGCGAGACACUGCUACAAACUGAGGUACUUGAAUGCUCGGGGCUGCGAGGCACUCAGCGAUUCUGCCACCAUCGCUCUUGCCAGGGGAUGUCCGAGACUACGGGCGCUCGAUCUAGGCAAGUGCGAUGUCGGGGACCCCACCCUGGAGGCACUCUCAACCGGCUGCCCCAAUCUCAAGAAGCUCUCGCUCUGCGGCUGCGAGAGAGUCACCGACGCCGGGCUCGAGGCACUCGCGUACUAUAUUAGAGGCCUCAGGCAACUCAACAUCGGUGAGUGCCACAAGGUCACCAAGGUGGGAUACAGGGCUGUCAAGAGCUACUGCAGACGAUGUGUCAUUGAACACACCAAUCCCGGUUUCUCCAGCUGACGAGAUCCUGGGGCUUUUUUUAUUUUUUGAGAUUUUAUAUUUAUUAAUGAGGUGAUUUAACGAGGCGAGGAGGUACGGCUGGUCUAGAGGAGGGGCCUCAUGUUGCAUUGUGUUAAUUUAUUCAGGUUUUUGUCAUUCGGAGAUCUUGAACUGCUUUAUGGAUGUAUUUUUUAUUUUUUAUCGUUUUUUAUGUCAAAAUAAAUGAGUAUGAAAUUGGA